AUGGGUGGCAGCCGCCGCCGCAGCUGCUCCCUGCAAAGGGAGCAUAGGCAGUCCCAGUCCACCCCCAGGGAGAGAGAACACAGGUGCCAAGGAAGGUCCUGGUCCCAGGAGAGAGAUUGGAGAAGGAACUGCUCUCAAUCCCAGCACAGUAUACACUCCAGGUCCCCAACGUUACAUAGAUCCACAUCUCCUUCCCCUUCUCUACUGAAAGAAAGAAGAGAUGAGGAAAAGAAAGCAAAAGAAACGAAGAGCUAAGAAUGUCAGAAUACUAAGGAACACUUGGAGGGCAAAACAGAGGAAGAAAUAGAAAUGAUGCAGCUAAUGGGGUUUGCCUCCUUUGACUCCACAAAAGGAAAAAAGGUGGAUGGCUCUGUAAAUGCCUGUGCCAUAAAUGUGUCUCAGAAGAGGAAGUACAGGCAAUACAUGAAUCGAAAAGGUGGAUUCAACAGACCUUUGGAUUUCAUGAGAAUUGAAAUGUUGAAGAAUGAUUUUCCCCUCAUUAUAAUCAGAAGAGUGGAUGUUAUUUUUAUAUUUCAUAGUCAUUGAAACAGGAUCACAAUCUUUCCUCCUCGUAAAGUAAGAAAAUUUUAUUCAUGAUGUGUGCAGUUCACUUAUCUUGCCUCAGAAGAAGAAAGGUUAAAUAAUUACAUUUUUUUCUUUUAGGAAAUAUCACUUGGGACGGUCAUUAACCCCAUUAUUUUUUUGUUCUUAUUCUUGUGGAAGCUGUAUAUGUUUUCUUUCUGGAUGCUCAUUAGGACUUUUUUA